UCCUUACCAAAGGCACUGCAGUUCGGUACCGGACGUUAUGACAACGUAAAGUAUACAUAUAUAGAUAUUAGCCAGGUUAAACACGCCCUAACGGUAUGUUCAUGGGUUAAAAAGAAGCUGACUGGCCUCUAUAGAUCUUGGUUUAACUACAGAACGUCCACACACCCUUACGAGAUCCUAAUAUCAGAUGCUGGCCACUACAACGUCAUUCACAACACCAACAACGACCUGAGAAGUGCUCUUAUAGUACCCUUCAACACGUGGACUCAUCAAUGUCAAAGUUGGUCAACAAGCAAUGGGACAAUGAAGACCUACUAUAAUGGUACUCUGAUAGGGUCUAAAAAUGUUUCCUCAGCUCCAUUAGAAGAGGGAGGUCACCUCAUUCUGGGGCACACUUACGACUACCGUCACACACACGCAUUCGGAGGGCAGCUGAUGAAACUAAAUAUCUUCGGAAAAGUGCUCAGUCAAGGAGAAAUUACAGAGUUAUACAACGCUGGGAGAUGUUCCGAUGUAGAAAAGAAGCACCAGGUCAGGUACAUCACCUGGGAGAAAAUCCUGAGUCUGCGCAGAAGUGGACGUGUCACAGAAGUGGACUCUGGGUGUGCUGCUGAAGAAGAAGAGGAGGAAGAAGAGGAGGAAGAAAAGGGGGAAGAAAAGGAUGAUAAUGAGUGUACUGACAGUAUUUUGGACAUACUCUAUGAUCAGACCUAUUUUAACCAAACACUGACCGCCGAGAAACUUGCAAAAGUAAAAUAUGUUUGGAAGAUGAUGGAUCGUUUUGUCGGUUCGAUGAUCAGUUCGAUGCCAGUAGAGGAAGAUGACAGCAGCUAGAGAACCGAAGCAAGGGGGAGCAUUAAUCGGUCCAACUAAAAAGUACUGUGUUCUCCCAAUGGCUGUCUGGUUACUAAUUUGGAAACAAGGAUCUACUUUCUCUGAUACGUAUCAUGGGUCUGAUGUCAGGGUUUUUAACCGGUUUUCAGAACAGUAACCCGUUUUAGAACAUUCUUAACAAUUGUUAUUACAAUAGUUAUAUCGACCCUAUAUUUUUAACAAUAGUUUUAUUAUCAAUUAUUGGCAUUUUGAUGUCAGGUAUUUGUUUUACGGACCGGUUGUCAUUGCAGUGACACAUUUUAGAACAUUUAGAACAUCAGUUUAUUGACCCCUAUACUAUUCAGUUGAGACUUGAGUGCCAUUUUAGAACAUUUUUGAUAAUUAUUUUAAUAAUGACUCUUAGUUGAUAGAGCCAAUCUUGGCGAAAACUAGUAUCUUAUUAAGAUACGUUUAAAAAAAUUCUUAGUCUUACAUUAAAAGUAUGGUAGGUGAAUUGACAAUAAUAAUAUGUUAUAGGGAACUUAGAGAUUUUUCAACAUGAAUGCUUUUAUCAAUUAUGAUUUG